GGCCAUGUUCCACACGCUGGACCGCAUCAACGCCGACCCGCACCUGCUGCCCAACAUCAGCCUGGGCUGCGAGAUCCGGGACUCGUGCUGGCACUCGUCCGUGGCGCUCGAGCAGAGCAUCGAGUUCAUCCGCGACUCGCUCAUCUCCAUUCGGGACGACUCCAAAGAGGGAGCCAAGUGGUGCGUGGACGGAACGCCCUCCAGCCACCCGCCGCCCACAAAGAAGCCCAUCGCGGGGGUCAUCGGGCCCGGCUCCAGCUCCGUGGCCAUCCAGGUGCAGAACCUCCUGCAGCUCUUCAACAUCCCGCAGAUCGCCUACUCGGCCACCAGCAUUGACCUCAGCGACAAGACCCUCUUCAAGUACUUCCUGCGGGUCGUGCCCUCAGACACGCUGCAGGCGCGAGCCAUGCUGGACAUCGUGAAACACUACAACUGGACCUACGUGUCCGCCGUGCACACAGAAGGCAACUAUGGUGAAAGUGGCAUGGAAGCAUUUAAGGAACUAGCAGCAGAGGAGGGGCUGUGCAUUGCCCACUCUGACAAGAUCUACAGCAACGCCGGGGAGAAACACUUUGACCGUCUGCUGAGGAAGCUGCGGGAACGCCUGCCCAAGGCCCGUGUGGUGGUCUGCUUCUGUGAGGGCAUGACCGUGCGCAGCCUCUUGAUGGCCAUGCGACGGCGAGGCGUUUCUGGAGAAUUUUUGCUCAUCGGAAGUGAUGGAUGGGCAGAUCGUGAUGAGGUGGUGGAGGGAUAUGAGCAGGAAGCAGAUGGAGGGAUCACUAUGAAGCUGCAGACAGAGGAAGUGAAGUCAUUUAAUGAAUAUUUUCUAAAGCUGCGCUUGGACACCAACACCAGGAACCCAUGGUUCUCCGAGUUCUGGCAGUACCGCUUCCAGUGCCGAAUACCGGGACACCCUCAGGAGAACCCGAACUACCAAAAAAUCUGCACAGGAAAUGAAAGCUUGAAGGAUAACUAUGUCCAGGAUAGUAAAAUGGGCUUUGUGAUCAAUGCCAUCUACGCCAUGGCUCAUGGCCUCCAUGACAUGCACCGGGAUAUGUGUCCAAACCAUGAGGGCCUGUGUGAGGCCAUGGACCCUAUUGACGGCAGCAAGCUCCUGGACUAUCUGCUCAAGACCUCCUUCACUGGUGUCUCUGGAGAGGAGGUGUACUUCGAUGAGAAUGGAGACUCUCCUGGCAGGUAUGACAUUAUGAAUCUGCAGUAUGUGGAGGAGCUGGGUCGCUAUGACUACAUCAAUGUGGGCUCAUGGCAUGAGGGUCUCCUGAGCAUUGAUGAUUACAAGCUCAUGACCAAUCGCAGUGAGAUGGUGCGCUCCGUCUGUAGUGAGCCCUGCUCCAAGGGCCAGAUCAAGGUGAUCCGGAAAGGGGAGGUGAGCUGCUGCUGGAUCUGCACUACCUGUAAAGAUAAUGAGUAUGUGCAGGAUGAGUUCACCUGCAAGGCCUGUGAUCUGGGUUGGUGGCCCGAUAAUGACCUAGCAGGAUGUCAGCCUCUUCCUCUUAAAUACCUGGAGUGGAGCAGUGUGGAGUCCAUCGUUGCUGUUGUCUUUUCCUGUCUCGGCAUCCUAGUGACACUGUUUGUCACCUUUGUCUUCAUCCAGUACCGGGACACUCCUGUGGUCAAGUCAUCAAGCCGUGAACUCUGCUACAUCAUCUUGGCGGGCAUCUUCCUGGGCUACAUCUGCCCUUUCACCCUCAUCGCCCGACCCACAGUGAUCUCCUGCUACCUGCAGCGCCUCCUGGUGGGCCUCUCAUCAGCCAUGUGUUACUCGGCCCUGGUCACCAAAACUAAUCGCAUCGCCCGCAUCCUUGCCGGCAGCAAAAAGAAAAUCUGCACGCGCAAGCCACGUUUCAUGAGUGCCUGGGCGCAGGUGGUCAUUGCCUUCAUCCUCAUCAGUCUGCAGCUGACCCUGGAGAUCACGCUGAUUGUGCUGGAACCUCCCGAGCCCAUCAAGAGUUACCCCAGCAUCCGUGAGGUCUACCUCAUUUGUAACACCAGUAACCUAGGCAUGGUGGCACCACUGGGCUACAACGGUUUGCUCAUCAUGAGCUGCACCUACUACGCCUUCAAGACGCGCAAUGUGCCAGCCAACUUCAACGAGGCCAAGUACAUCGCCUUCACCAUGUACACCACUUGCAUCAUCUGGCUGGCCUUCGUGCCCAUCUACUUCGGCUCCAACUACAAGAUCAUCACCACCUCCUUCUCUGUCAGCCUGAGUGUAACCGUGGCCCUAGGCUGCAUGUUCACGCCCAAGAUGUACAUCAUCAUAGCCAAGCCAGAGCGCAAUGUGCGCAGCGCCUUCACGACAUCGGACGUGGUGCGCAUGCACGUGGGUGAUGGCAAGGCGGCUGCUGCGGCCUGCCAGAGCAACAGCUUCCUCAAUAUGUUCCGCAGGAAGAAGAACAACAACGCCACCAGCAGCACCAAGUGCCCGGCCCCAGGGGAGGGGGUCGAGUGUGUUCCACAGACUGUCUGUGCAUGUGAGGAGGCAAGCAGUCGGCCAGAGUCAGACGGCGGUCAUACGACCCCUAACUAAUGCCUCGCAAGCCCCCCACCCCGAGUACCACCCUGGCCUCGACACAGACCGGAAUGGCUCGCAACCUGACGACAAGGCUCUCUACAACCUCAACGAGGAGGAUGACGAAGGGGGCCGCUGCCCACGGAACCUAAAUGGAACAUCCCAGGACGGAAGGGAGCCUGCCUCUU